AUGGACGGCUGGUAUCAAUUUGGGUAUGAUGGCUUUCCAUCCGGCGAAGUUAGGCGGCGAUUUUAUCGUCAACGCGACGACCCGUGCGACAGUGAAGAGGAACAGGAGGUAUACAAUGGCAAUGACAGGCCUAUCUAUUAUUAUCCAAUGCAUGAGAGCGAGGAGGCCUCUUCCGUGGAGGACGAGCUGGAGGAGCUGCCCUUGCCACCGACGAUUCCCUUUCCCUUGCGCCUGGCGGCGUGGGAUAGUUACCCCGGACGUUGUGGCAGUACGCCUGUCGUAUUGAAGGCAGCUAGCGGGGCUGAAGCAAAGGGUGACGUCUACUUCUUUUUGCAUGGAGGCAUACUGGCGGCGACCGGGCGUGUCAUCAACACCUCCGAGGUGUUGCGCGUGGAAUCACGUGUGGAUCGCGUCGCAGGAAAUGAGGCUGUUUCUGUUGUGCCUUUAGAUACCUCGCUCGCGGAGGCCAUUUGCUCCACGGGCGAGGAUCCAUUUUCUGCUACUCCUACUUCUGAUACGACUGCCGCUACUACGAUGCUGGAGAUUGCUCCAGGCAGUGCGACAAACCCGCCUCGACGCUUUGGACACUGCGCCGUGGCGAUUCCAAAUUCUAGUGCGGUUGAUAUGCUCCUGCCCAAUUACCGUGCCAGCUGCGAGGUGCACCUAACGUUUAUUAUUGGGGGUGCUUUUGCUGAGCAUGUUCCAAAAACAUUGCACGAUGCGCGCAUCAGAGGCUCGGUGAUGUGUGAGCCGUGGUUAUGUGUGACAGUGCUGCGCGGGGGUGAGACUGCGCGUUCCUUGAAUGCCUCCAGUGCGCAUGCACCAGCGCCGCUGCCUUCUGUCGCCCAGUGGACGCUGCACCGUCCUCUCGCUGGGUUACCGCCAUUCAUUGCUACGCCGCGUGUGUUUGCCACCUUAACCCCGUGGCCUAUCUUAGAGAAAGAAGCCAACGUUAUCUCCUACGCGUAUUUGGGCGGUAGUGUGAAUGGGUGGGAUCCGGUACCGUUGUUUGGGCUCUGGCUCCUUCAUGUGGACACGCAGCAGUGGGUGUUUUCCACCAGUUUGCUGGAAACGUUUGGGGAGGAGCCGCCUUCCCGCUUUGGACACUCGGCGGUUAUUGUUCACUCCGAGGAGCUUUAUGUGUUUGGUGGCAUUGGAUUGCGGCGAGAGUACCUGUGCGAUCUAGUCGUGCUCAACUGCAGAACGCGGGUGUGGCGCGAGGUGUUUGUGCCCUCCGCCGUCGCGAUGCCUUCGCGUGCGUUUCACAGCUGUGUGCUGCUGCCGCCUCGCUCAACCUUAGUUAUCCUGGGCGGUGAGGCAGCUGGCCGCCACGAGGCAAGUGUGUGGAACUACAAUAUCGAUUGCGGCAAAUGGUGCCGAAUGACUUUCCCGCUGCUGGACCGCGCCAUGGCGUCGCUGCAGGCAAAGGGCAACGAUGCCACGACAAAUCAUGUGAUUGCUGCCGCCAAGCUGUUGUGCGAGCGGGAGCAAUCGGGCGUGGGAAGGCGAGGGGUGGCGAGCCGCACAGGUUUGUGGUGGAAGCGCGGUGAGGAUGCGCAGCACGAAAACCGGGACACAGGCGCGGGUGCGCCACGGCUCGAGUCACCCCAUUGGAAGGACAGUUGCACGGCGUCUUUCCCCGCCGUCGCCACCGAAGGAAGUACGCUUCCGCCGUGGAGCGCGUACUACGUUGCCGCCAUGCAUGGCUCUCUGUUGCAGGUGCUCUGCAUGCAGGGAGGCAUCCUCGUUCUGGGCGGCACAAAGUCGCCGGCCGUGACGCUCGUCAGUUGGAUUCCUGCGCGGAACUACUCGUUGAAGGAGAGCGCGGCACUCUGGAUCGGUCUGCACCGACCUCAUCUUUUCCCCGACGCAGGUGCGCCGCGGGGGCCGGCGAAGCUUCAAGGCUGUACGGCGCGCAACGGUGGCGUGAGUCUUGUGGAGCGCUCCCUCGCGGAGUACCAGCUGGAGCAAUGGCAGCAGCGUGCCCGUAAGCGGCUGCGGGAGUAG